UUAAACUUAAAUUUAAUUCACUUAAAUUUAUAAAAUACGAUACGUGUAUAAGUAUACUAAAUAUUGUAUCAAUUGCUGAGCGAUCAGCUAAGUACUUUCAUCAGCUCGACUUUUCAUCAUGCGACACCGAUCAUUGUGCAUGUAUCAGCGUCUAAACAUGACACAUAUCGAUAAGCCUCGCAGUGCAGUUGGGCACCCGUACGUAACAUGUACUUAGGUGUAUAUUUAUAAGUAAACAAUUUCACAACGACACGCAUCGACGUGUAUAGCAAAAUGCGGUAACGUCAGUUCUCGUGUUGCAAUCCCACACACGAUAAAUCUCUAUCGUUUAUUUACCAUUGAAUUUGUACAUCUUCCGUGCGGCGAUAGAGAUAUACAAAAAAAAAUUUCAAAUUCUUUUAUGCGCCGUAUAUCUACGACACAGAUAUCGCGUUGGAGAGGGCCGAGCCGACUAAUUCCUGCUCCGCUAGUCCGCUCGACAAUGACAUUCGUCUUAUAUGCCCCGCGGGCAUCCUUAUAAUCCGCGUUAAUUUAUACUUGUUAUACGAGAUAAAUGCAUAAACGCGAUAAUCGCGCGGACGACUGUGUGUCCGCGGUGCCUUCCGUUCAAUUUCUUUCGUAUCGUGUUCCACCUUAAACGCAACGGUUUAACGACGGUGUACAGUAGUUGAAACUCGGUUGAGCAAUCGCUCGCGUAUCUUCGAUCUUUGCCGUGUUGAUAGUGGAGUUCUGGGACUCUCGUUGUCAGUGUGCCACCACGGAGUUCUAACAUCUGACACGGGAACCGAUCGACAUGGAGACCAUGAUGGAACCAUUUACGCCGAUUUACGACGAUGCCACUGUGCGAUCGCUCGCCAGCGAAUUCGCCAGACUUGAAGGCGAGUGUUACGUGGAUCACGCGGGCGCAACCCUGUAUUCGGACACGCAGAUCAGGAACGUCAGCGCCGAUCUGCACAGCUCUCUUUACGCAAAUCCGCACUCCCUCGGUAUCGGGAGUUCAUCGACACAGGACAUUAUCGAGCGUACGAGAUACCGAAUUCUGAGCCACUUCAACACAAAUCCCGACGAGUACAGCGUCAUCUUCACCUCGGGCGCCACGGCAAGUCUAAAGAUAGUCGCGGAAAGCUUCCGCUUUAGAACGAGUGAAAACAACGGAACAGCGAAAAUGUCCCCGCAUUCGGGCAGUUUCGUUUACAUGCAGGACAAUCACACGUCGGUCCUCGGGAUGCGAGAUGUGGUCGCUGCCAGAGGCGCCGACGUCGUUUGCCUGGGCCACGAUCAGGCGUUCCAGGUGCUUAGCCAGCCUUCACCGCCUCGCGAUCCCGACGAGAAACGGUGCGGCAAUUCCCUCUUCGUAUAUUCCGCGCAGUGCAAUUUUUCGGGACUGAAGUAUCCCCUUGGAUGGAUCGGCGACGCGCAGGCCGGGGCGCUUUCCGCUUUCGCCAAUGAACCCUCGACCAGGUGGUACGUCCUGCUCGAUGCGGCCGGCUUCGUGUCAACGAACAAUUUAGAUUUAUCCGUUUUCAAACCGGACUUCGUGUGCCUGUCUUUCUACAAAAUGUUCGGCUAUCCCACUGGUAUCGGCGCCCUGCUAGUUAGAAACGCGAGCGCGGACGUUCUAGAGAAAAUUUAUUACGGCGGCGGUACCGUGGACGUCGCUCUAAGUUCUGAAAGAUUUCACAGAAAACGUCAAGUGUUGUGUCAAAAAUUCGAAGAUGGAACCGUGCCGUUUCUGUCUAUUGCAUCGCUACAAUACGGUUUCGAAAUUCUUACGAAGCUGACAAUGGAUCAAAUAUCGAAACACGUUUUGUCUCUCGCCAAGACGCUGCACCACUGCCUGCUGACGCUACAUCAUUGUAAUGGUAAACCAGCUGUAAAACUCUAUUCUGAUUCCGAUUACGAGGAUCGCAGUUCGCAAGGGGGCAUCGUUACGUUCAAUCUCAUCCGGUCGAACGGUGAAUACGUGGGAUACAUGGAAGUCGUAAAUAUGGCGGCAUUAUUUAAGAUACACCUUAGGACCGGCUGCUUUUGUAAUCCCGGCGCGUGCCAGAGACAUUUGUCUCUCUCGCCCAGGGAGAUUCUUCAGAACUACGAAGCGGGAUACACGUGCGGCGGUGCCGCAGAUUUAAUGAACGGGAAACCGACCGGGGCAGUGAGAAUCUCCUUCGGAUACAUGUCCACGAUUAAAGACGUUCAGACAGUCCUACUUAUGAUCACCAAGUGUUUCAUCGACGAGCCGUGCAUCAGAAAAGUUCCGCAAUGGUGGGAAGACCGCAAGAUGAAGGGAAUUCAUAAAAACCACAGACAUUUUUACAAUUCCAAUAUCUUAGAUUAUUCCAUUCCGUGUAUUACAAAUAGCGAAAAAAAUAUUGUGAAUAACAAUUUGCGAAAUAAUUUCCAUAACAAAAGUGAGAGCCUCGAUCGUAUUAUGAAUUCUAUAAACUCUAGCAAAAUAAGUACGCAAAUAAGCAAAUGUACGUUGCAACGGUUAUUUAUAUAUCCUAUCAAAUCGUGCGGAGCAUAUGAAAUUGCAGAUUCGUGGAAUUUGAAUUCAAAGGGUCUGGAAUAUGACAGGGAAUGGAUGAUAAUGACAUCCUCCGGAACUUGCUUGACGCAGAAGCAUCAUACGAAUCUAUGUUUGCUUAAUCCUGUUAUUCUGAGAAAGCAAAAGAUUAUGAAACUAACGUAUCCAGGAAUGCCAACGAUUGAAAUACCUUUAGAGAAUGCCUAUGAGAAAUCAACGGAACAUCCUGUAUGUCAAAGCAGAGUAUGCGAAAGUAGAGUGCAAGGUAUUGAUUGCGGAUCGGAGGUUUCUGAGUGGCUGAGUUUGGCAUUGGGCAAACCGAAUCUUAAAUUAAUUCGACAAAGUCAUGCGAGACAAAAGAAAGGAUUGGACCAGGCAGAGUUAUCGUUUUCUAGUCAGGCACAGUAUUUAGCAGUAAAUGGAGCAAGUGUUUCAUGGCUCAUCGACAAGGUAUCUGACGACGUGGAUUUCCGAAAAGACACUGCUGUUCACCGAUUCAGAGGAAACAUUAUUGUGGAAGGCUGCGAAGCCUUUGACGAAAUGCAAUGGGAAAAUGUUCGCAUUGGAAAUAACAAUUUUAAAGUAAACGGUCCUUGCACAAGGUGUCAAAUGAUAUGCAUUGAUCAAACGACCGGCAAGAAGACUAUCGAGCCAUUGAGAACGUUAGCAGAGGAGUUCCAUGGAAAGCUGAGAUUUGGAAUCUAUUUAACUAGAUUGGAAAAUACGCCAGGUACACUUAAGAUCGGCGAUCAUAUUUACUACUCUUAAAGAACUUAUUUUUUUAACUUCACGUUAUUGUCCAAACUUUGCACAUAAAAUUUGUCAUGAGCAAACUACAGAAGAAUCUCAUAUGCUCUUUUAAGUACUUAGGACUACAUAUUAUAAUUAAGUAUAUAAAUAUUAUAUAUAUAUAUUUAUAACAAAUUUUUAUUUCUGUAACAAAUAUCAAUAAAAAUUGAGUUUUUUAAUCUAUACCUGAUUUAU